GGACAACCCAAGAAGAAGCACAGCUCACCGUUCGCGAUCCGAAGCCCAUCUCAAUGGUCGGCGGUUGUUCAUCGUUGACCCGCUUCUCAGUCAAAUUCCAAUCGAGGCAGAUAUGCUUCCUUCUUCUUCUUUCUUUCCUAUUAAUAAAACGUUGGUGCCCCCCCAUAAAGAUGGAGUCUUUUCCGUUGUUUUUUCUCUGGGUAGGGUCUGUCUCUUUCUCUGCCUUCCUCUCCAAGCUUUCUUGCUCGGAGAGUAAAGGAAAGGGUCUGCUCCUGCUUCGUCCCUCUCUCCCUCUCCGCAGAUCUCUGUCUCUCUGGCAAUGGCUUCUUCCACCGCCAGCAGAUGGAUCAGGCCCGAGGUGUACCCUCUUUUUGCCGCGGUUGGUGUAGCGGUUGGCAUCUGCGGGAUGCAACUCAUAAGAAACAUCUGCACUAACCCAGAAGUCAGAGUUACCAAAGAGAACAGAGCCGCUGGGGUGCUCGAUAACUUCGCAGAGGGUGAGAAGUACUCGCAGCAUGUCGUCAGGAAGUUCGUUCGCAACAGACCCUCUGAGAUCAUGCCAUCCAUCAACAAGUUCUUCUCCGAUCCCAACUAAAGAUGUCGGCGAUUGAUAUGUUUUCGCAACAAGAAGUUAUACUUUUGCCAAUGUAGCUCAAAAACUAGGAUUAUUUCUGAUUUGAUCAGAAGCGAUGGGAUGAUUUGUUCAUUAAAUCGUGGUUUUUCUUGGGUUUGAAUCUGAUGAAUAAAUGAAAUCUUUAUACUUUGCAAA